CACACUCGAACAAGAGGACUCCACACUGAACACACACUGAAGAUGCUGUGCUCACAUGGACUCCAGGCUUCCUUCAGCCCUUUCAUCUACUUCUACUGGCCAGUAAGCAGCCUCCGGCCAGAGGUGCAGCCUCUUUUCCACCAGAAGGAUCUACUGCAUGCAAACAGAAAGGAGCUGGUGGACAAAGUCCAGCACAAGAUCCUGGAGGAGAUGCAACCUGCCCCAACCUCUCUCCGCUACCAGCUGGUGGAUCAGGGAAAACACUUUGGCCUGAGCCUGGAUACUGAAGGCUUUUCCCCAGAAGAGCUGUCUGUCAAACAGCUGGGCAGGAGGCUGACAGUCAGCGGGAGGACAGAGAAGAAGCAGGAGGAUGGGAAAGGCUACUCUUACAGAUGCCAACAGUUCAGGCAGGAGUUUGAUCUGCCCCAAGAAGUGAAUCCUGAAGCCGUCAGCUGCUAUCUGGCUGCAGACGGGAAGCUGCACAUCCAGGCAGCAAAAGCUCCAUGUGCUGAGGAGGCUGACAGAGAGCUGACUGUCAAGAGCAGCCUGGAGGAGAAGACACACACAGACAGCACCGGCAGCACAGAAACAGACAGCAGCACACAGGACACUGAGGACAAGACACACUGAUCUCCAACUUGUGCACACUUACAUACACUGGACUCUAAAUACAUGUUAAUGAUGCUCACAUAUUGUUUUAUAUAGAUGUAAUUUUGAGCAGUCAAUA